AUAAUUCGUUUCAAAAUCAAAGUUUUUCUCUUGAUUCUCAUCAUCAACAUCAUAAAUAUCAAAAAACCAAAAUCUUCCAGAAUAUUUUCAUUGAUAUUAUUUACUCAUUGAAAUCAUCAUGGCUUUGGCAUCGAACAAAUCGUUUAAACAACGUCGAUCAUUUGCCUUACGAAAACAAGACAUUGAUCAAAUUCGUCAAAAAUACCCGGAUAAGAUUCCAAUAAUUGUUGAACGUUUCCAUAGUGAAAAACAAUUGCCCAUAUUGGACAAAACUAAAUUUCUAGUACCCGAUGUGAUAGUUCUUGGUGAAUUUAAUAAAGUAAUAAGACGACGAUUAAAUCUACAUCCGAAUCAAGCAUUUUUUCUUCUUGUCAAUGGACGUUCAAUGGCAUGUCAAACAUCCACUAUGGGUGAAAUAUAUGAACGUGAACGAGAUGAAGAUGGCUUCCUUUAUUUUGUGUAUGCAUCACAAGAAGUUUUUGGCUGUGAACAAUGCUAAACAAAAGUUUUGUUCACUCAAUUAACUUUUUUAAUGUCCGAAAA